GAUUGAGAGACAGCUGUUUGUGCUGAAUGUGUGAUUGUAUCAUGCUGUGGACGGCUGCUCUCUGUCUGUGUCUGUGCGUUUGCUCUCUGGCGGGUCCCAUCCUGGUACGCCAUGGGGCGUCUGAGCGCAGCAAACUGCUGCUUGUCUCCUUUGACGGCUUCAGGUGGGACUAUGACAGGGACGUGGAAACGCCGCACCUGGAUGCCAUGGCGAAAGACGGGGUCAAAGCCACAUACGUGACACCGGCGUUCCUCACCAUCACCAGCCCGACACACUUUACCAUCCUAACAGGUAAAUACAUUGAGAAUCACGGUGUUAUUCACAACAUGUGGUUUAACAGCAGCACCUGGGAGAAGAAAUCCUACUAUAAAUCCCAGUUCGUGAAUGAGUGGUGGGACAACGGGAGUUUGCCCAUAUGGAUCACGGCUCAGAGACAGGUACGCAUGUCUGAUGCUCAGAAAAAGGGUUUGCAGGAUUGA